CAAAGAGCAAAGUUCUGCACCAGCUCUCGGUAGAAAACUCUCUCGUAUCCGAAACACAUUUUCAGUUGGUUAACUUUUUGGUUUGUGGGUGCUAGAAAUACUGUUUCGAAAGUGGCCGGAAUGGUAGAAAGACGCACAUCGCUUAUCGAAAUCAAAGAUGGCAGCCUCAAAUAGACCCCGUUUCCCUCAGUUUUCCGACAUGACAGCGACGCAAGCAUUCUUCCUUUUUUGCACUCUAUUGCAGCCCAUUUUUACCGAAGGUCAAAUGCCAGAGCCUGAGCCCGAAUUUCUGGCUCCCUUAGAAAAUCACACAGUCACUCAAGGCAGGGAUAUCGUCUUUACUUGCGUCGUCAACCACUUGUCUUCAUAUAAGGUAGCAUGGAUAAAAUCCGACUCUAAAGCUAUCCUAGCAAUUCAUACUCAUAUGGUUGCUCAAAAUCCCAGGCUUGAUGUAACUCAUAAUGGACAUAACACAUGGAAAUUGAAUGUACAUAAUGUACAGAAAAAUGACGGAGGGACCUAUAUGUGCCAAAUUAAUACUGACCCGAUGCGAAGUCAAAUGGGCAUACUAAAUGUUGUAAUUCCACCUGAUAUUCUCCCAGACAACGAAUCAGCUGAAGGCUCCGGCAUGGCCAUUGAAGGCGGAACUAUUCGUCUAAAGUGCAAAGCAGUCGGGGUGCCGGACCCAACUGUCAGUUGGAAGCGGCAAGAUGGAAGAAAUAUUAUUUUGAGGCAUGAAGGAGGAAGAGAGAAGGCUGUCAAAAGUUUUGAUGGUGAAGUACUGACAUUGACGAAUGUACAGAGAACAGAUAUGGGCAUAUAUUUAUGUAUAGCUAAAAAUGGAGUGCCACCCCCAAUAAGCAAACGAUUUGAAGUAGUUGUGCAUUUCCACCCCCUUAUAAGCGUUACGAAUCAACUCUUGGCCUCGCCAAUUGCCCGAGACGUAGUAAUGCAGUGCGAGGUUCAAGCAUCCCCAAAAGCUAUGAACCAUUGGAUGCGGGACACCGGCGAGAAGAUAAUAUCCAACGAUAAGUACGUAAUGGAGGAGAUUCAGAAAAAUGAAUAUUCUUUACAAAUGAAUUUGAGAAUACGUAACAUCGAAAGAAGGGAUAUUGGAGGCUACAUAUGCACGUCAUCCAACGCUUUGGGCAAAGCCGAAGGGACGGUUCGAUUACAAGAAAUCCAUCUGCCUCUAGAGACCAGCACAACGACACCAAUGCCGCGUUACACAGCGACCAAGCCUCACAAACCAUUGAUCAAACCAACAAAACCGAAGCCCGGAAAACCCAGGAAGAAAGAAUUCGACAAUAUAAAAGAGGAAAAGGAACUACCAAUUCCGUUCUCUCCCGAUAUCAAAUCGAUACCCCCAUCGAUUUCUGUUCCCAUUACGACCACGCAGGCACCAUCUAUUAUAUUGCAACAGAGAAAUUGUGCCAUUUCAACAAAUAUAUAUGUUAAUAUUUUUAUUGGAAGUAUUUUUACACAUCUCGUGAUUUUAGACAAUAGUUUAUAAAAAAAGGGUAUAUUCGAAAAAUGUAUGUAUAUAGAACUCAAAUUGUUGAAUUAUCUAAAAAACACCCAGAAGAAAUCGGAAAGUUUAAGACAUUACAUUUCAAAAAAAUUUUAAACGUUAAUAUUAUUAGACCUCCACCUUUUAAGUUAACUGAUUCUUUUAAAUGUUGUUUCAUGAUUUUACGAGAAUGAUUUAUCAGAAUUCUUUGAUAAUUUGUUUAUUCCCUAAACUCUGGUGGUUAAACCAACAACAGCACUGUACGAUAAUAAAUAAGUAUGCAUGCAUGGUGGACGAACUUAUUGGUGCAUUUAUUGAGAUUUUCAUUAUCAAUAUAAAAACGAUUUAAAAAUAGGUAGGUACCUAUGUAACGGGACACUAGCGGAAUAGUUACAGCUACUGAAUAUUAGGUCAUUAUGCUUUUGCAAAAAAUAUCAAUCUGAUUUUUCUCAUUUGAUGAAUCAGAUAAUAUUUGGAUAAAAGGUGAUAAAGGUGAAAUUAGUAGAAUAAUUUUCCACCAAAAUGGUUCAACUACAUUACCCUUCGCGGUAUCGAAAUUUCGUCGAAAUCUGUUCGACAAAUCAUCUAGUAGAGUAGUAGUUUGUAGCCUUUUUAUUGAAAUCGGGUUUCAAAACCUUAGAAGCUUUUGUCAUACAUCCUGAUACGACCCACAUUUUCCAGAAACAGUUCAUAAUUAUUUAUAGUAUCAUACCAAAAACUGUUUGUCCUCACGGCAAUAAUACAAACCUUUUCUUAUAGCUAUGACCUCAGAGAAUACUGGAAAAA